CCCCGCCCCUCCCAAAUGGCGGCCGCCGCCUCACGCCAAAAUGGCGCCGGGCGUCGCCUUGGUGACGGCGCGCGGCGGGGGGCGGGGCCCUUCCCCGGGACACGGGGCGGGGAUUGGCGGAGACGGACACGGAGGGCGGGGCGUCUCCUCUUCCUCUAUGCUGCUUCCGCCUUCCUAGCCCUCCCUGGUUACCGGCCGCUCUGCCCAGGCCCCUCGCUUACCCUAGGUCCUCCCGCGCCGCCGCGCUUGACGGCAGCCCCCCCCCAGUUUGCGAUAGUUUGCGACGGGCGGCCGGCGCGCUUUACGGUAGAGGCGGCUUGCGGCGCCGUCGCAGCGCCCCGGCGAUGGCAGCAUGCCGCUGGCCGUGAGCUGGCCCUUCCCCGCGGGGCCGCCCCUGCCCUGGGCGCUGGCCAGCCGCCUCGUCACCGGCCUGGUGGGCACCUACAGCUGCGUCUGGACCCGGUACCUGAACCGGCUGCGGGUGCACAACGGCGAGGUGCUGCACGAGCUGGUGGAGCGGCGGGGGCCCCGCACCCCCCUCCUCACCCUCGCCAACCACCAGUCCUGCAUGGACGACCCCCACCUCUGGGGUUCUCUGAAGCUGCGGCACAUCUGGAGCCUGCACAAGAUGCGGUGGACCCCCGCAGCCGCCGACAUCUGCUUCACCCGGGAGCUGCACUCGCGGUUCUUCAGCCUGGGCCGCUGCGUCCCUGUCUGCCGGGGGGACGGCGUGUACCAGCGGGGGAUGGAUUUCAUCCUGGAGAAGCUCAACCAGGGGGACUGGGUGCACGUCUUCCCCGAGGGCAAAGUCAACAUGGGGCAGGAGUUCGUACGCUUCAAGUGGGGCAUGAACGACGUCCUGCCCAACGCCCCCCCGUACGUGCCCCGUGUGGGGCAGCGGAUCACGGUGGUUGUGGGGCGACCGUUCAGUGUCCGUCCCCUCCUGGAGCGUCUCCGGGCCGAGGGCACAUCGACGGUGGAGAUGCGGAAGGCGCUGACGGAUUUCGUGCAGAAGGAGUUUGAAGUGCUGCGGAGCCAGGCCCGGGCCCUGCACCCUCCCUCGUAGCGUGUGGGGCGCCCCACGGACCAACAGACGAGACUGCCCCGCUUGCGGCAGGACCUCGCCCCACGGCGCGACAGCCCCAGCCGACGGACCGACGGCCCCCCCCCCCAAGCCGUCCCUGCGGCGCCGUGGGGCGCUGGCAGAAGGAUGGACGGACAGACGGACGAGUGCUGCCCCACGGCGUGCCCCAUAGCGUGGCCCCGCUUCCGUGCACGGUGCCAAUAAAGGUGGUGGAGCCUC